UCUGUAGCCAUGUGCCCAGGGUGGUUGGCCCUCGUGCCCCUAUUCCUGCUGAGUCCAGGCACCCAGGCCUUCUACAGCCAGCUCAUGAAGUGCUUUGAGGACCCCCAGUAUGAAGCGUUGCUGCAGGUGGCGAGAGUGGGGCUGGGACAGACGAUCGAAAGUAAGCGAGUAGUGGUGAUUGGUGCAGGCAUGGCUGGGCUUACUGCUGCCAAGAUCCUGCAGGAUGCAGGCCACCAGGUAACUGUCCUGGAGGCCUCAGGGCGUGUAGGUGGCAGAGUAGAGACACACAGAGUGCCUGGGGCACAAUGGUAUGGUGAUCUGGGCCCCAUGAGAAUCCCUGCCAACCACAGGUUCACCCAUGAAUUCAUCAGCAAGUUUUGUCUGAAAGUUGGUGAGUUUUCACAAUCCAACCUCCGGGCAUGGGUGCUGGUCAACAAGGUGCGAAGGCAGACAGGAGAGGUGCAGUCUGACCCCAGCCUGAUGGGCUAUGUUGUCAAGGAGGACGAGAAGGGGAAGACUGCAGAACAGCUGUUUAGUCAGUCACUGAAGAAGGUGGUGGAAGAGCUGACGAAAAGUAGCUGCAAGAACGUGCUAGAGAAGUACGACUCCUUCUCCACCAAGGAGUUCCUGAUAAAGGUGGGGAACCUGAGCCGCGGGGCUGUGCGGAUGAUUGGGGACCUGAUGAACACAGACACCGGCUGCUUUGAGUCCUUCUUAGAGACCCUGCGUUAUACCACGUUACAGUACCAGAAGUCCCGGUUUGAUGAAAUCAUUGGGGGCUUUGACCUGCUCCCCAGGGCCCUGCAUGAUGCCCUCUUGCCAGGGACGGUGCUGUUCCACUCACCAGCAAAGGAGGUGGAGACGUCUGGUGACGUCGUCCACGUCACUUACAAGACAGCUGACCCUCUGCAACCCAAACAGCGUCUGACUGCAGAUUACGUCAUUGUGACCAGCACGGCCAAGGCUGCCCGACUCCUCCAUUUCCAGCCACCACUCUCCCUUAGCAAGCAGGAUGCACUUCGUUCUGUCCACUACAGCAGCGCCACCAAAGUGCUCUUGGUCUGCACACAGUGUUUCUGGGAGCGGGAUGGCAUCUUUGGCGGCAAGUCCAUCACCGAUCGGCCUGCCCGCUUCAUAUACUACCCCAACCAUGUCUUCCCCAAUGGCACAGGAGUCCUCCUGGCCUCCUAUACUCAGGAUAAGGACUCCUUGUUCCUCCUAGCCUUGAGUCAUGCCCAGCUAGUGGAUGUCAUCCUGGAUGACCUGGCCGUAGUCCACAACCUCCCCAAGGAGGAGAUCCAGGCCCUGUGCCCCUACUCCACAGUCAAGCACUGGAUCCAGGACCCCUAUUCCAUGGGAGGCUUUGUCUCCUUCACCCCCUACCAGUAUGUAGACUAUGGCUGGGAACUUUCCCGACCUGAAGGGCGGGUGUACUUUGCUGGUGAGCACACAGACUUGCCCCAUGGCUGGAUUGACACCGCCAUUAAAUCGGGGAUUAGGGUCGCGCAGAACAUCCAUGAGACUGUGGCCUUGGAUUUGACAAAAAGCUCUAGAGGCCUGAAAGAGUCCCACUCCAAAACUGAGCUAUAACCAGCUUCAGAACACACAGGAAUUAGAGUGAUUCCACUCACCUUGGGCCACCAAGAAAAUACCAAAAACCCAGUGUCUCACCUUAUCUCCAACUUUGUCUACAGAUGCCAGACGGAGAGGUGUUGUCUAAGGCCAAGAAACAGAGUGACUCUAAUAUUAGGCAUAAAUGCUGUUAUACCCAUGAGUUUAGCUUUGUGAGCAAUGUCUCAUCAUUAUCAGCAACAACAUGUGAUCUAGUGAUUAAAACAAUAAAGUAUUCCUUGAAUUUAA